AUGUGAUGAAGCACGAGUCACAGAAGCAGACGCACUCGGUCCAGGAGGGUGUAAAUGUGGUGGAGCACUCAGAACCAAGUGUCUCCCUGUGGAAGUCUUUAAGUGACUAGUUCUCAGAUUUGGACGUGAGCUACUCAGGAAAUCUGAAGAUCUGAAGGCAAAAAGGGACAAAUACGAAUGCUGGUUCUGACAUCUGAAGCAAUGCAUGGAAUGAAUCGCUCUGUGGUAUCAGAGUUUGUGUUCCUCGGGAUCACUAAUAUAUGGGAGAUUCAGUUUCUACUUUUUGUCUUCACUUUGUUCUUCUACUUUGCAAGCAUGAUGGGCAACCUUGUCAUUGUGCUCACUGUAACUUUGGACGCUCAUCUAAACUCCCCCCUCUACUUCCUCUUAGCUAAUCUCUCAGUCAUUGAUAUGGUAUUCUGCUCAAUUACAGCUCCUAAGAUGAUCUGUGACAUUUUCAAGAAACACAAAACCAUCUCCUUCUGGGGCUGUAUUACUCAGAUCUUCUUCAGUCAUGCAGUUGGGGGCACUGAGAUGGUGUUACUCAUAGCCAUGGCUUUUGACCGAUAUGUAGCCAUAUGUAAGCCUCUGCACUACCUGAUCAUCAUGAGCCCACACGUGUGUCUAUUUUUUUUAGUCACUUCCUGGGUCAUUGGCCUUAUUCACUCAGUGGUACAAUUGGUGUUUGUGGUAGACUUGCCUUUCUGUGGUCCUAAUACCUUGGACAGUUUUUAUUGUGACCUCCCCCGACUCCUCAGACUUGCUUGCACAAACACUCAAGAGCUUGAGCUCAUGGUCACUGUCAACAGUGGGCUCAUUUCUGUGGGCUCCUUUCUCUUACUGGUCAUUUCCUAUAUUUUCAUUCUGUUCACUGUUUGGAAACAUUCUUCUGGUGGAUUGUCUAAGGCCCUUUCCACCCUAACUUCUCCCACUACCGUACUUUUCCUUGCUCGGGCCCUGUGA